AUGGUUGAACUAAAGCAAAUACAAUUGACCCCGCUCUAUCAUCCUCGCCAAAAGCCAUCGUCUGCCUCGGAAAUAGGAGCGACACAGGCAGCGAGCAAUGAUGGAACUCAUGGACAUGAAAGGAUUUGGUUCUACUAUGCCUACAAUCUUGCCUGGAAACUGUAUGGAGCUGAACAGACCAAAAUCCUUCCUAUUCUCAAGGCAAGAAACCAGAUAAACAACAUAAAAGUGGCCAACAAAGGAUCGCUUGCGGACGGACAACUGAACUUCCAAGAAUUUAUGGAUCGCAUUGCUUAUAAACCCCCGGGAACAUGUCAAGUUCAGCUGAACACCGAAGACCUGGACGGUACAGCAGUGGCACUAUCAAAGGCUGGAUUUGGUGGAACAGUCAAGGUCGGCAUUGCUACAAAUACUGCGACAAGCAAGAUUAAAACGUCCUAUAAUCAGAUGCUUGAAAAUCUUAUGGGUGUGGUCACUGAUGCCCGCGAAAAAUUUCCGGGCGACUCUGUUGUGUCUGACACGAUGUCGCAAAUGGAAAAACUAGCCGAUAAAAUUGCUCAUGAGCGUAGUCUUGAUUUCAGUCAGGCCAAAUGGUUAGGAAUGGACAUCGCCGCUGGAUUCAAACUCCCAGCGGAUCAGUCUAAUAAGCCAACAACAAUUACAUACAAGGAUGUUCCUAAUUUGAGCGAGGACUCUGACGCGGACAAGACCAUUACCGUAGUUGAUGUGAUGGCUACCUUCAACGACCCAAGAAACAAGUCGUUGAUCAAGAAAGGGCUUGAGGCAAAUGGGGUGAAGAAAGGGACUUUGUCAAGGUUCAAAGACUGGGUAGACAACUACGGCGCCAAGCCUAUUGAUGGCUCGAAGGGACCAGAUUAUCAACCAUCUUCAGUUUCCCACAGGACUACUCUUACUUUGUGGACUUCCGCAAAAGGUCAGAUUAACCGCCCUGUGUGCUAG